UAAACAUGCACAUUGAAAAUCCAUUUCUCUCUGUUAUCUAGCCGCAGUUCAUGCCUCAAAAUAAUCCUCCUUUGCCUAAUUAAUAGAGGAAGGAGAUUGGAGAUUAAGCCAUCUGGACUUUAUCAUCCGCUAAGACUGGAAAUGGAGUAGACCAAUUAAGAGAUGAUAAUUUGAAUACAUUCUGGCAAUCUGAUGGCACGCAACCCCAUUACAUCACAAUACAAUUUCUUAAGAAAAUGAGAGUCUAAGAAGUAGCUGUUUAUUUAGAUUUCAAAUAAGAUGAAAGCUACACUCCCAAUAAAUUAUCGAUUCGAGCAGGAACUAAUAUUCAAGACAUGAAAGUACACAUUGAAAAUCUAAUCUAGGAAGUACUCUACAUUGAAUUGAAAGAACCAUACGGAUGGUUUGUAUUUCAACUUAAAACUAAAUUACUCAAUGGAUAGGAAAAGUACUGAAUUAUCUCUAUAUUAAGACCUUAUGUUUCGACAAUUAAUAUCUAAAUAGUAGUUUUAUAAAAUUAACACAGCGGCAAAGAUACACAUAUCAGAUAAGUAAGAAUAUUUGGACCUAGAGAGUAUGAAAUUUAAAUUUAUUUUAGGAAACAAAAUUAAGGAUUGAGUUUUCCAGAUUUCAAAAUGCCAGAAAUUACUUAAUAUGCUUCGAUUCGUUGA